CCCGUCUCCGGUUGAGCCCAAUGGAGACAGUAGCGCGAGGAGCAGAGGUUCACGUCGAGAAUGGCUGCGACGCGCCGACGGGGGAGAGCGGGAGGAGGAGGGGGCGGGACGAGUUCGAGCGCCCGCCUGAGUGGGACGCGCUGGACGCCCGGCUCGACGAGCAGGAGAGGCUGGACAGAGAGCAGGACGAAAGAAGGGACCCGGCGUCGCUGCCGGCCAUGUUGGGCCUUCCCUUGGCGAAGGUGGGCGAGACGAGAGAACAUCUCUGCCUCAUCUGCUUCGACGACUUCGUGCCCGGCUGCUACAAGAAGAUCAGGACGAUGGACUGCUCUCACUCCUUCCACCAGCGCUGCAUCUUCGACUGGCUUCUCAUUGACCGACGAUGCCCGAUUUGCCGCUUCGCCAUGGCCUCGGAGAAGGAAAGUCUCCUGGAAGAGGAAAAGAAAGAAAGGCUCCAUCGCCAAGGAGCUGCCGCGGAAGAGGAAGAAAAACUCCAUGGCCAGGGAUCUGCCGCGGCCGAAGAUACAUUUUUCAUUUUUGGAACCAACUCCUCCUGAUCUUCCAUUUGCAUCCCUUCCGGGUCAGCAGUCAGUAUGACGGCGGAAGAUCAGAGGCCGGGAUGUAUACCUUGGUUUACGGGAAGUGGUUGGCUUUUUUAGUCUUUCCAGAGCACAUGCUAUAGGGGAAAAUAGAGUAUAGUGCACUGCUGGAUAAUUCGUGCUUGGCCGCGCCAGGAACAUGUAGAUGUAGGCAUGACUGGUGCUGGUGAACAGUGUGGUUCGGUGGAGGCAGCCUGUUUGGUCAGGUCACGCUAUUAUCUCAGAGUUGAUAGACAAGUUUAUCUGUUUCUGGGGCCUAU